GGAAAGUAGCCUAUCUUUUGCGGUCUCGAACGGAUGGUCGCUUGCUAGGUACAUAGACACCACGUUAGCAGCACAUAGCAUACACGUGUUAAUUUAUUCUGUUCGUCAUAUUCCCUCAAAAUGUCUAAAAUGCAGCUGUUGCAGGAUUAUCUAAACGAGCGGUUAACAGCGGUGGCUGUUGAGAUAUUUGGGGCCGUGGAAAAUACCAUAGCGGACUACCAGGAAGAAAUCUCCCGUUCAAAUGAGGAGAUCGAACGUCUACGGAGGCUGCUGGAUUUGGUUUGCAAACCUGACAUACAGAGACCAGACACCCAGCAGCUCAUUCUCCCUGUCCCAGAAGAGGAGGUUCUUGCUGAGAAGCAGCACUGUGAGCAGGAGUGGAGCCCCAGUCUGGGCCAGGAGGACCCAGAGCCCACUCAGAUUAAAGAGGAACAGGAGGAGUUUGGGACCAGUCAGGAGGAAGAGCAGCUUCAGGGGCUGGAGUCUGAUAUAAAAGAGUUCAUAUUCUCUCUUCCCUGUGUGAAAAGUGACUAUGACCAGGACCCUCCUCAGCCCUUAUAUCUUUACCAAAACCAGACAGUGGAGAACAGAGGGGGGGACUCUCUUCCCACCAAAACAACUGAAGACAUCAAAACAGAACUUGAUGGGGAGGGCUAUGGAGUAUAUGAACCAAACAACGAAUUAAAUCCCUCUUCUCCGGUAAAUUCGGAUCGUUCUGCAGCUCAUAUUGGGAACAGUGGCAAUGGGGUGGACAGUGGAGGACUAAUGUCACAGUUACAGCCACUCAAAUCAAAGACAACAUGGACAAAUAAAGUACAAAGCUCUAUUAAGACCAGGGAAGCCAGUGAGUUGAAAGUUCCAUUGAGGGCGGCUCACUCAGGGGAGAGACCACACAGGUGUCCCGUCUGCAGGAAAUGCUUUCUGAAAAUUAGCAUUUUAAAAACUCAUCAGAGAAUUCACACUGGGGAGAAACCAUAUUGUUGCAAUGUAUGUGGCAAGAGUUUCAGAGAGAAGAGAACCCUGACCAGUCACAAGCUGACUCACUCAGGGGAGAAACCAUAUCAAUGCAAAGAAUGUGGCAAAUGCUUCAGUCAAAAGAAAAUCCUGACCAUACAUAUGAGGACGCACACUGGAGAGAAACCGUAUCAGUGCAAAGAAUGUGGUAAAUGCUUCACUCACAGUGGAUCCCAAGCAGCACAUUUGAGGAUUCAUACAGGGGAGAGACCAUAUAAGUGCCCUAUGUGUGUGAAAUGCUUCAGAACAGCAAGUCAUCUAAAACGGCACCAGCGAAGUCACAGAGGAGAACAACCACAUUGUUGACUUUUUUUGUAGUAAACACUUCACUUGUAAGAAUAACAUAGGGCUAGAUUCUAGCAGAACCGCGUUAGCCGACAUCCGCAUAGCAGUUGUUUUGGCGGUGUCGAGUUGGAACUGCAUUAAGAGCUGUGAAAUCCACAAGCGGCUCCUUGUGUUGCCUUUUUGCAGACACUGGCAUUGGAUGCAACAAAACCACACCCUACUUUAUAUCCGACAAUUCCCAUACAGCCACGUUACAAAUUUAAACACUUGAAUGUGUGAUCUAUUGUCUACAUUUCAAUUAGACUGAUAGACUAUAAAUCCCCUAAUCCCAAAUGAACAUGAAAACAUGCAUUACCCUGUCGUUAUUUCUAACAUCAAUAGAGCCUACACUUUAUUGCCAUUUUUCAACCUCUAACGUGUUGUCGAUAAUAAGGAUGGGAGAUGUUGGUGACACACAACAGUAGCCGCUCACCGAUUUGUCAGCUCAUAUUGCAGUUACACCGCCAAAACGCAGGUUAAUUCCCAAAUCCUCGAUCUAAUUGAAUCGAGGCCAUAGCGUACCGGUGUGUGGGUUAAAAAUGACAGAUUGGGACACUGAUAAGUGCCUAAAUUGCAACGCAUUGGCUGUACAGUAACAUGCUAUACAGGACGUCAGAGCUCAAGCGUGGUUCAUACACAUUCUGACAGAUGACAUUUCAGGAAUUUUCCAUGACUUUUAACCAAAUUUCCAUGACCAAUAAUUGGUGGCAUCUCUAUAUAAACAUAACAAAUGUGGUAUUGACACUAACCAAUGUGUCAAAUAAUACAAAGCUUAUUUAUAAUUUAUGACACAGACAAUAUAGUUUGAUUUAAAAUAAUAAACAUUGAUGAAUACAUUUUGUAUAGCAUUACCUUAACAGAUACAACAGAGAAAAAUAUGUUUAAAAAAAUAAUACAUAACAAGUGUAUUAUUUUUGUGUCUGAAAGUCCAGGAGUUAAACUCUCUCUCUCUAACACACACACACACCUGAACACAACCCUGAACAAGUUGUUUGUAAAUUUAACUUGCUAUUCACAUUUCUGACUGUCCAUGAGUUAAUCUCUCUUUCUUUCUUCCCUCUGGUUUGUUCUCCUCUUCUCACAAUCUCCACAUACUGUUUUAUGUGCGGCCAGAGCAGUGGUCCGACACAUUUCCGUUUUCUAUCCAUCAGUACAUGCAGAAGUACAUGCUGGUGCUACAAUCUGUGGCUCUUACAAAGUCUUUUAUGUGCAGGGCAAUUGUGAAAAAGCCAGUAAAGACUUGUUCUACAUCCCAGUCAGCGGCUUUGCAUCCAUUCUGGAAUGAGUAAUGCAGGAUGUGCAAUCCACAGGAUUUAAUGUUGAUCAGCGAUUUGUUGACAUCUCAACAUAUACUUCUGGAGUAUGUUGAACACAGUGGCGGUCUGUGCCAUUUAAAUUGAGGGAGGACGAUUAUUUGUUUUAAUGAGUAUGGCCAUAUUUCUAUUACAGCAUAUUGGAUUACUCUCAUUCAUAUUCCAUUCACUCAGCUCAAUGUAACAUCAACUUUUCCCUAUACCCAUCAUGAGGUUGCUACAACCUAGCCAAUGAAUGAAAGUUUACAACAUACAGUGAGGGGAAAAAAGUAUUUGAUCCCCUGCUGAUUUUGUACGUUUGCCCACUGAUGAAGAAAGGAUCAGUCUAUAAUUUUAAUGGUAGGAUUAUUUGAACAGUGAGAGACAGAAUAACAAUAACAAAAAUCCAGAAAAGCGCAUGUCAAAAAUGUUAUAAAUUGAUUUGCAUUUUAAGGAGGGAAAUAAGUAUUGACCCCCUCGCAAUCAGAAAAUGUCUGGCUCCCAGGUGUCUUUUAUACAGGUAACGAGCUGAGAUUAGGAGCACACUCUUAAAGGGAGUGCUCCUAAUCUCAAUUUGUUACCUGUAUAAAACACACCUGUCCACAGAAGCAAUCAAUCAGAUUCCAAACUCCACCAUGGCCAACACCAAAGAGCUCUCGAAGGAUGUCAGGGACAAGAUUGUAGACCUACACAAGGCUGGAAUGGGCUACAAGACCAUCGCCAAGCAGCUUGGUGAGAAGGUGACAACAGUUGGUGCGAUUAUUUGCAAAUGGAAGAAACACAAAAGAACUGUCAAUCUCCCUUGGCCUGGGGCUCCAUGCAAGAUCUCACCUUGUGGAGUUGCAAUGAUCAUGAGAACGGUGAGGAAUCAGCCCAGAACUACUCGGGAGGAUCUUGUCAAUCAGCUUAAGGCUGGGACCAUAGUCACCAAGAAAACAAUUGGUAACACACUACGCCGUGAAGGACUGAAAUCCUGCAGCGCCCGCAAGGUCCCCCUUCUCAAGAAAGCACAUAUACAUGCCCGUCUGAAGUUUGCCAAUGAACAUCUGAAUGAUUCAGAGGAAAACUGGGUGAAAAUGUUGUGGUCAGAUGAGACCAAAAUGGAGCUCUUUGGCAUCAACUCAACUUGCCGUGUUUGGAGGAGGAGGAAUGCUGCUUAUGACCCCAAGAACACCAUCCCCACCGUCAAACAUGGAGGUGGAAACAUUAUGCUUUGGGGGUGUUUUUCUGCUAAGGGGACAGGACAACUUCACCGCAUCAAAGGGACGAUGGACAGGGCCGUGUACCGGCAAAUCUUGGGUGAGAACCUCCUUCCCUCAGCCAGGGCAUUGAAAAUGGGUCAUGGAUGGGUAUUCCAGCAUGACAAUGACCCAAAACACACGGCCAAGGCAACAAAGGAGUGGCUCAAGAAGAAACACAUUAAGGUCCUGGAGUGGCCUAGCCAGUCUCCAGACCUUAAUCCCAUAGAAAAUUUGUGGAGGGAGCUGAAAGUUUGAGUUGCCAAACGUCAGCCUCGAAACCUUAAUGACUUGGAGCAGAUCUGCAAAGAGGAGUGGGACAAAAUCCCUCCUGAGAUGUGUGCAAACCUGGUGGCCAACUACAAGAAACGUCUGACCUCUGAUUGUCAACAAGGGUUUUGCCACCAAGUACUAAGUCAUUAUUGCAGAGGGCUCAAUUACUCAUUUCCCUCAUUAAAAUGCAAAUCAAUUUAUAACAUUUUUGACAUGUGUUUUUCUGGAAUUUUUUUCUUGUUAUUCUGUCUCUCACUGUUCAAAUAAACCUACCAUUAAAAAUAUAGACUGAUAAUUUCUUUGUCAGUGGGCAAACAUACAAAAUCAGCAGGGAAUCAAAUACUUUUUUCCCUCACUGUAGGUGCACGGGUCAAGAGAAAUUUGAGUAUUCAAGGUGACAGACAUUGACACAUUCAAUACUACCUUGUGCACACUUCCCUGCAUUUAGCUGAUCUAUGAUGUAAACAUUAGUCCAACAGUUGCAAACAAGAGUUUGUAUUGGACAAAUUCAUGUAUGUUUGUCCCCAUUUUGUUCCGUUUAAGAAAUGUUUUUUAACAGAUUCGGCGGAAUGAAUACACCCCUGAUCACACCUUUUGUUUUAUAUGUAAUGUAAGUGCCUUUAUGUGUUGGGACCCCAGGAAGAGUAGCUGCUGCCUUGGCAACCGCUAAUGGGGAUCCCUAAUAAAUACAAAUACACACAAGCACAGUUCACUUUCAUAGCAGCCACAUACAAACAGCAUGAUCCCUUUGAUCGUUGUAUAAUUCCUUCUCGCAUCUAUGCGCUCUUCUCCUCUCAUCUUUUCCCUUCACUUGUGGACUUCAGUGCACAACACAUCAGCUGUCUGUAAUCAGGAAGAAAAAAAUCCUAACCGCUACACACAGCCUACAUCAUUGUCAUCAUAUAAGCUAAUGUCAUAGUCAACAUAGCUACUAAAACCAAAGUGUUAGUAAACCCGCUACAAUCAUGCACCGUGUACAGUCAGCAAGCAGUUUAGCAGUUACGCCGGCUGGCCCCAGUGGCAAUAAAUUAAUAAAACCAAAAACUUACCUUGACUUGGAAGAGUUUCAGUGUUGGAUAGCCAGCUAGCAAACAUUGCACCCCCUCUGUUUAAGCCGGGUGUUUGAAUAGGCUAAACUAGCUGCAUUCACUAGCUAAGUGAAAUAAAUACAAAUUAUAGGAAGCUCUCUCUCCCGCUUGCUUCCCCUUAAUUUUUCAAGAAAUUAAUUUCUUCAAAGCUGUUCAAUUAUUGUAACUACUCACCACAUUUUAUGCACUGCAGCGCUAGCUAGCUGUAGUUAAUGCUUAAAGUACUAGAUUCAUUCUCUGAUCCUUUGAUUGGGUGGACAGCAUGUCAACAUGCUGCAAGAGCUCUGAUAGGAUGGAGGACGUCCUCCGGAAGCUGUCAUAAUUACUGUAUAAGUCUAUGGAAGUGGUUGAAAACCACAAGCCUUCUAGGUUUUGUAUUGAAUUCGAUGUACCCAGAGCACUGACAGUGGUUCUGAACUUGAGAAAGAAUAUUUUAUAACCUAUGACGUCAUAUUUUGUAUAUAAACUGUUGUUCGUGGUUACAUGGCAGCGCGCUCCGAGAAUAAAUACUAUUAUCUAUUUUUGAUAAGACUGGUCUCUGUCUAUUUUAUACAAAUAAGAAUCUUACAAAUUCUCAUAAAAUAGAAUAAGUGAAUUCAAUUAAUGAAAACCUAUUGGAAUAAUGAAAUUAUACCAACAGUGGGGAACACUCACCUGAAUGCACGUGUGACUAUUCUAUGCGCACCAAAAUGAUGAUCUGCUUCUCUGAAUUGCCUUGUGAACGCCUAACACUGUAAGAUCGUAUUUUGUAAUUUAGCUGGCCAUGUCGGCAAUAGAACAUGCUUUCAAAUAAUGCCCACCUAACCAGAUUGAGAUUUAUAAUGGACUGUUUUUGGAAUGCGCAAACAACAGUAUGUGUGUGAUGGCGGAGAUACAGGGCUGUGUUCCAAACAAAACAACUAUUAGUCUACUUGCUCUAGUUCGUCAACACAACUAGGAAAGCUCAAAAUAGCACCUUAACAAAUCAAAUUUUAUUUGUCACAUACACAUGGUUAGCAGAUGUUAAUGCGAGUGUAGGGAAAUGCUUGUGCUUCUAGUUCCGACAAUGCAGUAAUAACCAACAAGUAAUCUCGCUAACAAUUCCAAAACUACUACCUUAUAGACACAAGUGUAAGGGGAUAAAGAAUAUGUACAUAAAGAUAUAUGAAUGAGUGAUGGUACAGAGCGGCAUAGGCAAGAUACAGUAGAUGGUAUUGAGUGCAGUAUAUACAUAUGAGAUGAGUAUGUAAACAAAGUGGCAUAGUUAAAGUGGCUAGUGAUACAUGUAUUACAUAAAGAUGCAGUAGAUGAUAUAGAGUACAGUAUAUACGUAUACAUAUGAGAUAUAUUACAUUACAUUACAUUUAAGUCAUUUAGCAGACGCUCUUAUCCAGAGCGACUUACAAAUUGGUGCAUUCACCUUAUGACAUCCAGUGGAACAGCCACUUUACAAUAGUGCAUCUAAAUCUUUUAAGGGGGGGGGGGGAAGGAUUACUUUAUCCUAUCCUAGGUAUUCCUUAAAGAGGUGGGGUUUCAGGUGUCUCCGGAAGGUGGUGAUUGACUCCGCUGUCCUGGCGUCGUGAGGGAGUGUGUUCCACCAUUGGGGAGCCAGAGCAGAGAUGAAUAAUGUAGGGUAUGUAAACAUUAUAUUAGGUAGCAUUGUUUAAAGUGGCUAGUGAUAUAUUUUACAUCAUUUCCCAUCAAUUCCCAUUAUUAAAGUGGCUGGAGUUGAGUCAGUGUGUUGGCAGCAGCCACUCAAUGUUAGUGGUGGCUGUUUAACAGUCUGAUGGCCUUGAGAUAGAAGCUGUUUUUCAGUCUCUCGGUCCCAGCUUUGAUGCACCUGUACUGACCCCGCCUUCUGGAUGAUAGCGGGGUGAACAGGCAGUGGCUCGGGUGGUUGUUGAUUGAUGAUCUUGAUGAUCUUUAUGGCCUUCCUGUGACAUCGGGUGGUGUAGGUGUCCUGGAGGGCAGGUAGUUUGCCCCCGGUGAUGCAUUGUGCAGACCUCACUACCCUCUGGAGAGCCUUACGGUUGUGGGCGGAGCAGUUGCCGUACCAGGCGGUGAUACAGCCUUACAGGAUGCUCUCGAUUGUGCAUCUGUAGAAGUUUGUGAGUGCUUUUGGUGACAAGCCAAAUUUCUUCAGCCUCCUGAGGUUGAAGAGGCGCUGCUGCGCCUUCUUCACGAUGCUGUCUGUGUGGGUGGACCAAUUCAGUUUGUCUGUGAUGUGUACGCCGAGGAACUUAAAAGUUAUAGUUGAACACUUCUUUUUCAUAGAAGUGCAUUGAAAGUACAUAGUCUGUUGCUAAAUCACAAACUGCACACUUUGCAUUUGUAUUUAUUCUGGAUCCCAAUUAGUUCCUGCCAAGGCAGCAGUUACUCUUCCUGGGGUUCAGCAAAAGGAAGGCAUUUAGAAAAACUUUAACAUUACAAUACAUUCACAACACAUGAAGUGUGUGCCCUCAGGCCCCUACUCUACUAGCACAUAUCUACAACACAAAAUCCAUGUGUACGUGUUUGUUUAGUGCAUGUUAUUGUGUGUGUAUGCAUGUGUCUGUGCCUAUGUUUGUGUUGCUUCACAGUCCCUGCUUUUCCAUAAGGUGUAUUUGUAUCUGUUUUUUAAAUCAAAUUUUACUGCUUGCAUGAGUUACUUGAUGUGGAAUAGAGUUCCAUAUAGUCAUGGCUCUAUGUAGUACUGUGCAUCUUUCAUAGUCUGUUCUGGACUUGGGGACUGACAAAACCUCUGGUGGCAUGUAUUGUGGGGUAUGCAUGGGUGUCCGAGCUGUGUGCCAGUAGUUUAGACAGACAGCUCAGUGCAUUCAACAUGUUGGCAAUUACAGAGGUCAAACGUUUUCUGUAAGUCUUCACAAGAUUUUCACACACUGUUGCUGGUAUUUUGUCCGAUUCCUCCAUGCAGACCUCCUCUAGAGCAGUGAUGUUUUGGGGCUGUUGCUGGGCAACACGGACUUUCAACUCCCCCCAAAGAUUUUCUAUGGGGUUGAGAUCUGGAGACUGGCUAGGCCACUCCAGGACCUUGAAAUGCUUCUUACGAAGCCACUCCUUCGUUGCCCGGGCGGUGUGUUUGGGAUCAUUGUCAUGCUGAAAGACCCAGCCACGUUUCAUCUUCAAUGCCCUUGCUGAUGGAAGGAGGUUUUCACUCAAUAUCUCACGAUACAUGGCCCCAUUCAUUCUUUCCUUUACACGGAUCAGUCGUCCUGGUCCCUUUGCAGAAAAACAGCCUCAAAGCAUGAUGUUUCCACCCCCAUGCUUCACAGUAGGUAUGGUGUUUUUUUUGGAUGCAACUCAGCAUUCUUUGUCCUCCAAACACGACGAGUUGAGUUUUUAUCAAAAAGUUCUAUUUUGGUUUCAUCUGACCAUAUGACAUUCUCCCAUUCUUCUUCUAGAUCAUCCAAAUGCUCUCUAGCAAACUUCAGACGGGCCUGGACAUGUACUGGCUUAAGCAGGGGGACACGUCUGGCACUGCAGGAUUUGAGUCCCUGGCGGAGUAGUGUGUUACUGAUGGUAGGCUGUUACUUUGGUCCCAGCUCUCUGCAGGUCAUUCACUAGUUCCUCCCGUGUGGUUCUGGGAUUUUUACUCACCGUUCUUGUGAUCAUUUUGACCCCACGGGUGAGAUCUUGCGUGGAGUUCGAGGGAGAUUAUCAGUGGUCUUGUAUGUCUUCCAUUUCCUAAUAAUUGCUCCCACAGUUGAAUUCUUCAAACCAAGCUGCUUACCUAUUGCAGAUUCAGUCUUCCCAGCCUGGUGCAGGACUACAAUUUUGUUUCUGGUGUCCUUUGACAGCUCUCUGGUCUUGGCCAUAGUGGAGUUUGGAGUGUGACUGUUUGAGGUUGUGAACAGGUGUCUUUUAUACUGAUAACAAGUUCAAACAGGUGCCAUUAAUACAGGUAACGAGUGGAGGACAGAGGAGCCUCAAAGAAGUUACAGGUCUGUGAGAGCCAGAAAUCUUGCUUGUUUGUAGGUGACCAAAUACUUAUUUUCCACCAUAAUUUGCAAAUAAAUUCAUAAAAAAUCCUACAAUGUGAUUUUCUGGAUUUUUUUCCCUCUUUUUGUCUGUCAUAGCUGAAGUGUACCUAUGAUGAAAAUUACAGGCUUCGCUCAUCUUUUUAAGUGGGAGAACUUGCACAAUUCGUGUCUGACUAAAUACUUUUUUGUCCCACUGUAUAUAGUGUUUAGUCAUCUGCAUACGGAGACACACUGGCCUUACUCAAAGCCAGUGGCAUAUCAUUAGUAAAUAUGGAGAAAAAAAGUAUGGGGCCUAGACAGCUGCCCUGGGGAAUUCCUGAUUCUACCUGGAUUAUGUUGGAGGGGCUUCCAUUAAAUAACUGUGAUUUGUUAGACAAGUAACUCUUAUCUACAAUAUUUUUUAUUUAACUAGGCAAGUCAGUUUGAGAACAAAAUCUUAUUUACAGUGACCGCCUAGGAACAGUGGGUUAACUGCCUUGUUCAGGGGCAGAAGGACAGAUUUUUACCGUGUCAGCUCGGAGAUUCGAUCAAGCAACCUUUCGGUUACUGGCCCAACACUCCAACCACUAGGCUACCUGCCACCCCAAUAUAGCAGGGGGUGUAAAGCCUUAACAGUUUUAACAGCAAUAGACUAUGAUCGAUAAUAUUAAAAGCAGCCCCCACAAUAUUAUCAAUUUCUUUCAGCCAAACAGUAAUUUGUGUAAGUGCUGUGCUUGUUGAAUGUCCUUCCCUAUAAGCGUGCUGAAAGUCUGUUGUCAAUUUGUUUACUGUAAAAUAGCUUUGUAUCUGGUCAAACACCAAAAACAGUAAAUUAAGCUUUACUAUUCUUAGGAAUGACUUUUGCUUCCAUCCAGGCCUGAAGGCACACACUUUCUAGUGGGCUUAAAUUGAAGAUAUGGCAAAUAGUGGCAAUGUUGUCCAGUAAUUUUCCAUCUAAGAUGUCAAGACUCCGGUGGCUUGUCAUUGUUGAUAGACCUUUUUUUCACCUUUUCCACACUCUUAAGGAAUUCAAAAUGCUUGUCUUUCAUAAUUUGAUCAGAUAUACUUGGAUGUGUACUGUCAGCAUUUGUUGCUGGCAUGUCAUGCUUAAAUUUGCUAAUAAAAAAAUAAAGUAGUUGGCAAUA